AGGAAAAUCUCACGAGAUAAUGAAAGAAAAAGAGGAGAGCUGCUAGUGUAGAGCAAAAAAAAAACGAGGCUAGACCCGGAGAUUUUUUGGAGUGGAAAACAAAGACUGAGAAACGGGAACGAACAGAGCGAUAGCGAUUCGUCUGUAACCGCAGAUGGUUUUUGCACUCUGGUUUUGGUGAAUGUAGCACCCCGGGGCGCAGCGGACCAAUUGUGUGAAUCUGCAGGGCUGCUCGGCGACACAAUCGGAGACAUGCACAGGACGGACAACAGCCGCGGACGCGCUCUGAGAAGUGGAUAAUAAAAGGCACAAAAGCGAGGCAUCUGCCGAGGAACACAGCUGAGCACCAAAGAGACAAGAGAGCGGAGUGCUGAUGCACAAGUGAGAAUAAAAUCACAGUUAAAGCUCCGGAUGCUGUUGCAAACUCGCUUUCUGGGAGUUUGAGGGAGUUUGAAGACAGUACUUAACGUUAUCAGAUAAUUAAUUAGACACCCCAUAAGCCCGGAAAUCAAUUAAUUCACAAAUCAAUAAAUCCAUAGUCUGGUGUAACAAGAGACCUUCCAGACUGUUAGCCCGGCUGUUCAACAACAACAACAAGAGAAAAGCAACACCGCGCAGGGGCCAGAAAUACACAUUUAUUUGUCGAAAUUGAAGAUGGAUGGGGGUCUAGGGGAGAUGUCCCUCCACAGCCACGCUGAUCUGGCUCACAGCCAGGACGGCAGGGCCAUGCUGCACUCUCGGGACCUUUCUGCUGCUUUCCCCAGGCCUUCCCUCGGGGGCCCCUCCAUGUCUCUGGAGCCCGAGCCCCGUCCACCGGGCUUCGACCACUCCAUGUCGGCACUGGGAUACAGCGGCGACUCCCCGUCCAGUUCCGGCAGCACCUACACCACCCUGACCCCCCUGCAGCCCUUUGACGACAAGUUCCACCACCACCACCAUCACCACCCCUGCCUGCCCGUCAGCAACGUCAUCGGCAGCUUCACCCUCAUGCGUGAGGACCGAGGCCUCAGCACCAACUUCUACAACCCCUAUGGCAAGGACCUGGCCAUGUCCCAAAGCCUGUCCCCCCCCUCCGCCGGUUCAGGCCUGGCCUCCACCAUGCACGGUUAUGGCAGCUUGGGCAACAGCCCCAAUGGCAAUGGUGGCCAGAUGCUCCACGCCGGCUAUGACGUCCACGGGGGGAGCCUCUUCUGCCGGACGUCAGAUUUUGGCCGUGAGAUGUCGCCACCCGGCCUAGGAGGAGGCGAUGUGUCAGUGGGGCAUCAGCUGAACAAAAUGGAUGGUCACCAGCACGCCCCGGGCCACCACCCUCACCUCUACAGCCAGCACUACCAGCCCCACCAUCACCCGAGCCAGCAGGCCACCAAAAUGGGCGAACACCUGCACUCCUCUUCAUCCGCCUUGUCCUCGCCCGGCGACGGCAUGCUGUCGGGCUCGCAGGGCGGCGGAGGCGGCGGGGAGGAGAUCAACACCAGAGAUGUGGCCCAGAGGAUCAUCACUGAGCUGAAGAGGUACAGCAUCCCCCAGGCCAUCUUCGCCGAGAGGGUUCUGUGCAGGUCACAGGGUACGCUGUCUGACCUCCUGAGGAACCCCAAGCCCUGGGGCAAGCUCAAGUCCGGCCGUGAGACCUUUAAGAGGAUGUCCCGCUGGCUGCAGGAGCCCGAGUUUCAAAGAAUGGCUUCGCUCCGGCUGGAGGCCUGCAAGCGGAAGGAGCAGGAGCAGAGCAAGCUGGAGCGCAACCAGGGGCCGAAGCGCACCAGGCUGGUGUUCACAGACCUGCAGCGGCGUACGCUCUUGGCCAUCUUCAGGGAGAACCACCGCCCGACCAAAGAGCUGCAGAUCACCAUCUCCCAGCAGCUCGGCCUGGAGCUCUCCACUGUCAGCAACUUCUUCAUGAACGCCCGCCGACGCAACGUCAACAAGUGGGCAGAAGAGGGCCGCCCUUCCUCCACGGGUUCCUCGGGCUCCAGCGUUUCCUCCUCCGCAGUGUCCUGCAGCACGGCAUGAUGACGGAUCGCCGAAGAGGUGCGGUGGGGAGGGCGCUGAGGGAGCAAGGAGGCACAUAGACUGGUCUAGGCAGAGAUCAGCCGUAAUAAAUGUCCUCCUCGUUAUCAGAAGGAGCGACGGAGCCAGCUAUUAUAGAUGAUUUUAUGAAGAUGAAGCAUUUUCCCAAACCAAAGUUAUUCGCUCCCUUGAAAUAGAAGGGGGCGAUACCCAGAGUGAUAUGAUCGCAGGAUGUGAGGUCCUGCUUGUAUAGUCGAGGGUGCAGAGAUGAUUUGACUCAAAGACGAGUCACACCCUUACAUUGACACCAUCUCAUUGCAUUAUUUUGAUUAUCUAGAUUAGAGAUAAUGAGGGUAUUACAAAUCAGGAGGAAGCAUAUUUUGGUGUACCUUCUAAUCUAUAGUCAUCUCUCCAAACGUGAAGAAUCAAGAGGUGCCGUUUGCUCACAUGUGGAGAGCUCCAUCGUGUAACUUCUUAAUCAAAAGUGUUCACCAUCAUCCAAAGACGUUAAUCCUCCCCCAAUGUUCUUAUGGUCCUGUUUUUCCUCAAGAAUCAAGGUGAAAGAGGAAGAAGAGGCUUUUUCUUUAUUCUUUUUGACUUUCCAUUUUUUUUCUGAAGAACCUAAUUCUCCUUUCUUAGCAUGUGUUUCCAUGGUGAUGGUUCCCAGGACCGUAUGGCGUUGUUCCAAGUUCGGAGCCUGGAAUUAUCUGGAGGUUUCUGUAGCGUCCGC